GAGCAGGCAGCGGAAGCCAGCUUGGGGCCAGCCACAGAGCGACAAAGGGAACACAGGUCUCCAUUGCUGAUCAGCUGUGACUAAAGGCUUCCAACCAUCUGACCCUGCAGGCCAUAACACAUAUUCCCAUGCUGUGCUUCUGUUUGCUUUUAGAUGGUCUCUGUACAACCUCCAGGCUGCCACCCUGAAGGUGAAAGCGAUGCCUGGACCUUGAUGUGACUAAUGAUGUCCCCAGCCUAGCUCCAUCUUCCACUUUUCCAUGAUGUUGACCAACUACUCUGCCAACACCUCUUCUACCAACAGCUCUAUUCCCCUGUGUCCUGACUACCGGACCACCCAUCGCCUGCACAUGGUGGUCUACAGCUUGGUGCUGGCUGCAGGGCUCCCCCUCAAUGCGCUGGCCCUCUGGAUCUUCCUGCGUGUUCUGCGAGUACACUCGGUGGUGAGUGUGUACAUGUGCAACCUGGCAGCCAGCGACCUGCUUUUCACCCUCUCACUGCCUGUGCGCAUCUCCUACUACGCACUGCACUACUGGCCCUUCCCCGACCUCCUGUGCCAGACGUCUGGCGCUAUCUUCCAGAUGAACAUGUAUGGCAGCUGCAUCUUCCUGAUGCUUAUCAACUUGGACCGCUAUGCUGCAAUCGUGCACCCGCUCCGUCUGCGCCACAUGCGACAGUCCCGUGUGGCAAGGCGGCUCUGCCUGGGUGUGUGGGCAGUCAUCCUGGUGUUUGCCGUGCCCGCCGCCCGCGUGCACAGGCCCUCGCCUUGCAGCUACCGUAGCAUCGAGGUACGCCUGUGCUUUGAGAGCUUCAGCGAUGAGCUGUGGAAGGGCCGGCUGCUGCCUCUUGUGCUACUGGCCGAGGCCCUGGGCUUUCUGUUGCCCCUGGCGGCCGUGGUCUACUCAUCUGGCCGGGUCUUUUGGACGCUGGCGCGACCAGACGCAACGCAAAGUCAACGGAGGCGGAAGACCGUGCGCCUUCUGCUGGCCAACCUCGUUAUCUUCCUGCUGUGCUUCGUGCCAUACAACGCCACUCUGGCUCUCUAUGGGCUGCUUCGGAGCAACCUAGUGGUGGCCAGCCAGGAGGCCCGCGAUCAGGUGCGCGGGGUGCUGAUGGUGAUGGUGCUGCUGGCCGGCGCCAACUGCGUGCUGGACCCACUAGUGUACUACUUCAGCGCCGAGGGUUUCCGUAACACCCUGCGUGGCCUGGGUACUCCACUCCAGGCCAGGACCUUGGCCAUCAAUGGAGAUAGGGGAACGCUUGCAGAAAGGCCCUCAGAAGCUGCCCACACCACUGGGCUGGAUGCCACCAGUCAGGGGCUACUCCAGCCACCUAACUCCAGGAUGCCCUUCACCGAGGGUCCCCAGGAUUCAACCUUCUGAACGCAUAUCUUGCAAUAGUGCAGUCUAGCACCUCUCUCAUAGGUUUCUGGGGCAGUGUCCAUGAGGGAGAUGCACUGAGCACUUGGACAUCAGAGUGGCAACUCCAGUUCUUGGAUGCAGAUGAGAACAAAAUGUGGAAACAAGGUCACAGGAAAGGAAGAGUGCUGCUAGCAAUCACUUCUUUAAAUUUCUCCAGUCAGUGGGAAGUGAUGCAAUGAGUCUGACCAUGGCUAAGAGCUGGUAGAUGGAAUAGAAAAUGGAUAUCCUGGAUUUAAAUUGCUACAGGGCUAAGAGCUGAAGAGCCCCAGACCUUGGUGGAUCAAGAUACUGAGAAGUUGGUACCAUGGUUUGAAUUCUGUGCUGACCAUAGGGCCAUGGACACCACCAUUCUCACUUCCACCUGGCUUCCCCCUACUCAGCAAUAGGCAUACAAGGGUUUAUUUGAUAUGGAGAGAAUUGGGGGUACCUUAUUAUUGACUUCUAAUGGUUUGUGGGACACCCAGCGUGGGGUGGUCCAGGCAGGGCAAAACUGUGAAUUGAAUUGUUGUACACCCACACUCCACAAAAUCCUAGUUUUUGGUCCCCUGUCUGGGUCAUCCCUUCUCCCUCCACCAUUUUAAGGACCUCCUCCUGGGCUGGGGAGAUAGCUCAGUCGGUAGAGUGCUUGCCUUGUAAACACUAAGGCCCUGGGUUCGAUCCCCGGCACCCAAAAAAAAAAAAAAGGACCUCCUCCUUUCGAGGUCCUCAAUAUCAUCUCUGUUUUCUUUCUUUGUCCAAAGAAAGGAGAACAUUCUUUGUACUAAAGUAUCGGUUCUCAAACUUUUUGGUCUCAGAUCCCUUUACACUCAUAGAAAUUGAGGAUCCCAAGAGCUUUAGCUUGUUCUUUGUUGUUUUGAUACUUACUGAAUUAAAGCUAAUAAGUUUUUAAAAUAGAAGCCCACAUUCCAUUAGCCAAGAGAGUGAUAAUGUCAUCACAUUUCAUGAAGCCUCUGGAAAACUACAUUGUAUACUGGUGAGGAGAAUGAAAAGGAUAAAUAACAUCUUAGUAGUAUUAUGAAAAUAAUUUUGACCUCAUGGACUUCCUCAAAGAGCUGAUCCCUGGAUCACACUUUGAGAACCAUAUUUGUACUAAAGUAUUAAGAAUUCAUUCACAUUAACAUCUUCCCAGGACAUUAUAUAAUAGUGUUUCUUUUUCUUUCUUUCUUUUUCUUCCUUCCUUCCUUUCUUUUUCUUUUUCUUUUUUUUAUGACUGCAGGGACUGCCGUGCUCAACAAAUUAAUUGCUAAUGGUAGUACUUAAGGCUUGGGACUUCCUGGGGGCAGGUAGAAGUUUGUACAUCAAAUGAAACACCACCUUGGGCUCACCAGAGCAGCAGCCCUGGAGGGGGGAGAUGUGGAACCAGACACACACUCAGGAGGAAAAGGUGGGACGCCUCUAGGGGGUGAAAAGGAACUGUGCCACAGUCAGGAGAGAAGAGUAUUCAGGGAAGUAAGAGUGAGAUGAGAGAACAGGAAUAGCCUGUCUGUUCUUAGCAAGUGUUUCCUUCCGUCUUUAUCCAAGUAGGGGGCUGGGAGGACUGCAGAGUUAGCACCCUCACAUCUUUAGACCCUAACAGUAAGAGUUGUUGCUAUGCGUGUCCAGUAUGCAUUUCCAUCCCUAGGUCUCAGUACUGUAUUUUUCUCUCCCUCUCUCUCUCUCUCUGUGAAUGUAUGUUAGACAGUAUUAGGGUUUUCCCAUUCGUUUCUAUGUUUUGGGCUCCAAGUAAGUCUUUUGUGUCUUUAUAUGAGUUGGUGAUUUGCAGGGGUAAAAUGACCCCUGGUGGCCAAGCCAGGUAACUGACCCAGAUUUCUCAAUGAUAGCCUUGAAGUUCCAGCCUUUAUCUGGGUAGAGGUUAGAGCCGGGCCAGUUUGCCUAAAGAAGGCUUGUUUGUUAGCAUCAGCCCCACCUCAAUUCACCCUCAGGGUUCAAGACCCGUCUGUGCCUUUUGUCCUAAGGGCUCAAGCCUCAGCAAACCUCUUUGUUCAAACUCUGAGAACUUUGCCCCAACGAACUGAACUGAGCUUAAUUUUAAAAAAAUAACAUGAAGGGGCCAGGCGGGGUGGCUCAUGCCAGUAAAUUCCACCCACUUGGGAGACUGAGGCAGGAGGAUUGAAAAUUCAAAGCCAGCCUCAGCAAUUUAUUGAGGCCCUAAGUAACUCAGUGAGAUCCUGUCUUUAAACAAAAUAUUUUUAAAAA